ACGGCGGCGGGGGCGCCCUCGGGCUUCGAGGCCUCGGGGCGGCCAGCCAUGACCUUCGGGCGCAGCGGGGCGGCCUCGGUGGUGCUGAACGUGGGCGGUGCCCGGUACUCGCUGUCCCGGGAGCUGCUGAAAGACUUCCCGCUGCGCCGCGUGAGCCGGCUGCACGGCUGCCGCUCGGAGCGCGACGUGCUCGAGGUGUGCGACGACUACGACCGCGAGCGCAACGAGUACUUCUUCGAUCGGCACUCGGAGGCCUUCGGCUUCAUCCUGCUCUACGUGCGCGGCCACGGCAAGUUGCGCUUCGCGCCGAGGAUGUGCGAGCUCUCCUUCUACAACGAGAUGAUCUACUGGGGCCUGGAGGGCACGCACCUCGAGUACUGCUGCCAGCGCCGCCUCGACGACCGCAUGUCCGACACCUACACCUUCUACUCCGCGGACGAGCCGGGCGCCCUGGGCCGCGACGAAGCGCGACCCGGGGGUGCCGAGGCGGCCCCCUCCAAGCGCUGGCUGGAGCGUAUGCGGCGCACCUUCGAGGAGCCCACGUCGUCGCUGGCCGCUCAGAUCCUGGCCACCGUGUCGGUGGUGUUCGUGAUCGUGUCCAUGGUGGUGCUGUGCGCUAGCACGCUGCCCGACUGGCGCGCCGCGGCGGCGGACAACCGCAGCCUGGAUGACCGGAGCAGGUACUCCGCCGGCCCUGGGAGGGAGCCCUCCGGGAUAAUUGAAGCUAUCUGCAUAGGUUGGUUCACUGCAGAGUGCAUCGUGAGGUUCAUUGUCUCCAAAAACAAGUGUGAGUUUGUCAAGAGACCCCUGAACAUCAUUGACUUACUGGCAAUCACGCCUUAUUACAUCUCUGUGUUAAUGACAGUGUUUACAGGUGAGAACUCUCAGCUCCAGAGGGCUGGAGUCACCUUGAGGGUGCUCAGAAUGAUGAGGAUUUUUUGGGUGAUUAAGCUGGCCCGCCACUUCAUUGGUCUUCAGACUCUUGGUUUGACUCUCAAACGAUGUUACCGAGAGAUGGUUAUGUUACUUGUCUUCAUUUGCGUUGCCAUGGCAAUCUUUAGUGCACUUUCUCAGCUUCUUGAACAUGGGUUGGACCUGGAAACAUCCAACAAGGACUUCGCCAGCAUCCCUGCUGCCUGCUGGUGGGUGAUUAUCUCUAUGACUACAGUCGGCUAUGGAGAUAUGUAUCCGAUCACAGUGCCUGGAAGAAUUCUUGGAGGAGUUUGUGUUGUCAGUGGAAUUGUUCUGUUGGCAUUACCUAUCACUUUUAUCUACCAUAGCUUUGUGCAGUGUUAUCAUGAGCUCAAGUUUAGAUCAGCCAGAUAUAGUAGGAGCCUCUCCACUGAGUUCCUAAAUUAAUGCAAUGCAAAUCAAUUCUUGCAUACACUCUGGUGGAAAGAGUUGAUGCUACUUCAUAUUCAUGCAUUUCCUGCUUGGUGAGCAAUGCAGAGGUACUGUCAUCAUCUCGGUAGAGUAAAAAUUAUCCUUCCCAGCUGAAGGGAUAAAACAAUUUACUUAUUAUGGAGUAAAUAGGAUUGAGACUGCAGAGGAAAAGUAAUGACAGAGGAAAUUUUAGGUCUUAUUUUAUUUAGACUUGUCUCCUCCUUGCCUCGAUCCAUCACACUUUUUUUUGUUUGUUUUAAAGUAUAUUAUUUGAACAUUUUAAAACUGAAAGCGUCUAUUUUCCAAAUGUUGUUUCAUCUGAUGAAUUCAGAAGAAGCUUGGAAGUUACGGUGUUUUUUUUGUCAGAGAGUAACAUUUUCAUCUCUAAAUGUUUUAUAAUCUUGCAUAUCAAUGUCAGAAGUAUCCUAGAAACAUAUGUCACAUGCAGGAACUGUUUAACAAAUACUUAAAAACUUGGCGAAAUUUUAAACUGUGUAAUGGAGCUAGAGACACACAGGACUAGUACUUGAAAAACUUUUGCAGCCUAUUUCUCAGUUCUCUAAUUUACUUUUGACCCUAUUCACCUUAUCACACAGCUUCAUGAAGCUUGAGUUUGUUCUUCCUUUCCAUUUUGGAUUUCUUUCAUAUCUCUAUUGAAAUGACUUAAAUGUGUAUUUCAGAAUGGAGAGAACUUGUAUCACUUCUUUGCAUUUUCUUGGUGUUCAUUUUCUUUGAGUUCAUUAUUGUUACUAGGUAAUAAUUGUCCCAACAUUCAGAUGUCCAAUCAAGAUUUCCAAUGUAAAGAUGAUAAUAGACAUAGUUUGAUAUUAUAAUUCAUGUUGAUCAUCUUCUACUCCUAUUUUUACCCCCAGAAACAAUGGGUUUAACACUUACCAGUUGAAAGGAUGUUCUUGUAGCCUUUUGAUAUUAAAGCCUUGAUUACCAUUAAAAUAAAAAGGGAAUAUUUCCGUACUCUUAGUUGCUGUAUAGCUAAGACAAUGUUACGCUAGCUAAAAGCAAUGAAUACAUAAUGAUUUGAUCUGAUCAUUAUCAUUAUGAAUUAUACCUACACUAAUACUUGUAACAAUAUUGAAUAAUAUGCCACUUUAAUCUGGCUAGAUUAUUAGGACUAGAUAAUGUAAAACUGAUGAUUAUUUAGUGCAGCAUUUUAGCUGUGUGAAUUAGGUUUUGCUUUGUUAACCAGUUGCUAUAAAGAAGUCAAUAUAUGAACACAGAAAAUUAAAGUCAUACAUUCAUGAAUAAUUUAAUACUGUACAUUGUAACUUAGUUGGAGUGGAGAGGUCAUAGGGCCUGGGUAUACCUGUCAAAGGAAAGGCUACCGAAAGUGUUCUUUAAGGGAUUAUUAGUCAUUAUCUAGUUCAAAUCUUGACUAGAACAGGUAGAAAGCCGGGGCAAAAGAGGAGAUGAUUAUGAAGGAGUCAGGACUAAAAUCUGGUUCUCUAGAAACCUAGCCUACUACCUUAUUCUUAACAUACUUCUGGGUUUUGAGAAAAGUUUGAGAGGCCACUGUUCUUUGCUGUUGCAAUUGUUUGAGAUAAUAAAAGCAAAACUAUUCCUUUUUCUGAAUUUCCUUCCCUGAGUUUGUGAUAUUUUGGCUAUUCAGAAUCUCACCCAUCUUUCCUGCUUCUGCAGGCUAAUAUGCUACUUGUUAUAUACUCAAAAUAAAUUCUGUUACUUAUUCUAUAUUUAUUGUAUUUUGUUAUAUUUGAAAUAAAUGGUAUGGAUUUAUUUUUCUCUUGCCUAUGUAAACGAAGACUGUGCUUAAUGCAAAUAAUAUGCAGAUGAUAGCAUUCCCAUAUUACUAAUAAAAAUAUAGCCAUCAAUUUUGUUGGCACUGGGAACUCUUCACGGGAAUAUGUCUUACUUCC